CCCGGAUCACAUCCCUCAGAAAAGCGCUCUCUCUCCCUGCUCUCCUGUCUGUUAUAGGUAUGUUCUUUAUCUCCGGAUAGACUUUUAAAUCGGGGGAACUCGUUGAUGGAGCGCAAGAUAAACAUGGCCAGUUCGAGUAAAGCCACUUUAAUCUUGCUCAUCUAUGGAAUCUUAAUGCACUACAGCGUAUUCUGCACACCUAUUGGACUAAGUUACCCCAAGAUCAGACUUGAAAACGACGCCUUCGAUGAGGAUGGGAAUUCAUUAAAUGACAUGGGCUUUGAUAGCGACCAGAUUGCUAUACGCAGCCCAGCAUCCUUAAACGACGACGCCUACUCCCUGUACUACCCCCCGGAGAAGAGACCAGAAAGGCAUGCUGAGGAAGAAUUAGAUAGAGCCUUGAGGGAGAUCCUGGGUCAGUUAACAGCGAGACAUUAUCUGCAUUCUCUGAUGACAGUUCGUGCAGGUGAAGACAACAGCAUGGAGGACGAAUCAGAGCCUCUAUCUAAGAGACAUUCAGAUGGCAUCUUCACCGACAGCUACAGCCGCUACAGAAAGCAGAUGGCCGUGCAGAAAUACCUGGCUGCGGUUCUGGGACGAAGGUACAGACAGAGAGUAAGGAACAAAGGACGCCGGCUUGCCUAUUUGUAGCCUUGUUCCAGAGCCAAACUGCCCUUCUGUGUAUAUACAUUCAGUGGUUAAAUCAAAGUCAUUCAGAUAUAUCUGACCAACCAGUGGAUUGCGCCUGUGUUCUUUCAACAUGUAUUUAUGUAUGAAGUAAAGCCAUUAAAAUGAAUAUUUUAAUAAUAAUAUCGUUUUUUUUUCUUUUUGUAUAAAAGCACUUGAUCCCACACAGUUAUAUUCUGUGGACCAAUAUUUUAUUUUCAUGUCAACAUGUGGAGUAAAAAAAAAAAAGGCAAAAAAAAAAAAGGUUAAAUGUGCACCUUCAACGUUAUGCGCUUGAAAUCUCUAAAGGUCAUCAUAUGCAGAAAAUAAAUAGAUUUUCAAAAGACAAUCAAAGUAUUGAAUGUUAUACUUAUUUUUGUAAAGCAACGUUCUAUUUUUUUAGUGUUGUUGUUGUUCCUUUCUUUCUUAUAUAGGCCCAAAGAAGCAGCGAGCAUGCUAUGCGAGCCAGAUGCGGCUUAUUCUUGAUGAUAGAUGUUGCCCUUGUACACCCUCCUGCUCACACUUACAGGGGGAGGAGACGGUGUGUUUGGGGGGGGCGUGUCACAGGGUUAGUACGGCUUACAGCCCCAGCAGGGGCAUUUCCACGGUUUUGGUUGAAAAGCCUUACAUUCGAUGGACAGUUGAUUGAGUUUGUCAUUCGUUUUGACUCACAGUAAAACUCCUCUUUCAGUCGCAGGCUCUUGAAGGCAUCACUGUCUUCAGUGGAGGUGAAGGGAGCCCACAGGUUGGCCCACAGGUUGGCUCCUCACAGUGUGCAGCAAAACACUGGUGGCCUUCAUGGGGGGAGGCAGAUCAUGGCUGCACACAACUGUGACAACAACGCUGUGUGUUGUGUGCGGUGCACCUGUUGGUGUUGUUCCCCAGUCAACAGAAGUUUCCUGAAAGAAUGUGUUUCAGCUGUUGGUUGUUUUUGGGCAGCACAGGAUCCAGAGCCUGGAGCGAAGGAGAGAGAGAGGGAACAUUUGAACUGCAUUCACACAAAGUCUUAGCUUCUAAUUCAGUGGUGUAUGUGUUUGAUUAGAAACUGCAUGCCACCCAGCUUUUUGGAUUGUGCUAUUUGGGAGGUAGGCUGGUUUUGACGCCACUCCCACUCCCCAGAAAUGUGAACGAGGAGAGCUAGUAGUGGCGAAAGCUGGUACUGCAUUUGUUUUUUAUUAUUUACCUUUCACGCUUCUUUCAUUGUGGCCGUCACGUGACAUGGCAGGGCAGCAGCUGCUGACCGCUGCUGUGUCGUUUGUCCAGAGACACUUCUGCAUCUGGCUGGCUGUGAUCAUUCGCUGAUUUGAAAGUGUUGUGGUUUAAAUAUUUAGAAAAAGCUGAUCUGUGUUCGAUAUCUGCUGGCUGUGUACGGUGAGGAUGUGAUGGAGGGAUGAGCAGAGGUAAAGGCGUGUGCAUGAGAGAGAAAGUGAGAGAGGUUGUUACGUAUGAGAUGGGCAACAGCAGUGGUCGUCACGCAGAGACCAGGAGGAGGUCACGGGGCCGGCGCGGCCGCCGCUUCUACUCACCUUCCCUGCCAAAGUUAGAUCAGGAGUUAAUGAGCCCGAUGGUUAAAAUGUCAGACCUGGAAAUCCGUUCACUUAGUUCUCAGCAGAAGCAUGAAGAAGACAUGUGACAAGUGGACAAGGCCACGCAGAGUUUCCCAUUCUCACCGGAACAGGGUGAAAUGAGAAACUCUGCCCUGCAGCCAAGGGAAUCUCCCCGCUGAUUUUUAGCAGAGAAAUAUUUUAUGUAUUUAUUCAAUAUUAUGCAAAUGCAGAUUUAUGCACCGCAGCAAUCCGAUCAGUGGCCUGUGUUCCCCCGGAGAAGCUAUCAAUACACUCUUCAAUCCGAUUUUAUCCUACAGGCUAUGUGAGCGUGAGCGUGCAGACGUGGAUGUUUGUGUGCUGGUAUGAUUCACUGUGUAUGUGUGUGUGACUCUGAAUGAAAAGUGACUGAAUGUGCAUGUGGAGGUGGAUACAGCUUUUGGCUUUGGUGCCUUGCUUUGAUGUAAGAAAAAAAAUAAAGAAUUCGCCACAAGUGACAGAUGGCAAUUUCAGUGGCCCUACAAUGCUGCAGUCCAUUAGCUUACAUUGAAACUUCCUUUCACUCUGUUUAAAUGCUCGGCUUAGUCUGCCCCGACAGUAGUAGAAUUAGACUUUUUUUAGAGCAUGGCCAAUUUGUUGAGUUUGAAAAAAAAAAGGAUUAAAAAAAGAAAAGAAUGUACAUGUCGACAGAGCAGGCAACGUGUGUUUGUUUGUUUGUGUGGGUGCAUGGGGCUGGGGUGUUUGGUGUCUGUGAGAGUUGUGAACAAUGACCAGUGUUUGUUACUGUUGAUAAUGAGGUGUUGUUGAUUGUUUUGAUAUUGGUGAGUCAUUUAUUAACCAGAGAAAAGCACCGACAUAUACAACAAUGUGCAUCACUCGCUCACAUUAACGGAGUCCAGAAGAAAAGAAAAACGAGAAGAAAAAGAGAUUUUGUUCAGAUCUUAGAAAAAUGUCUGUUGUUGAUAUUUCUGAAAGAGCCAAACGCCUUACUUCAAUGUUGAACCGUAUCUAUCUGAAAAACAAUGUGUUUGACCAGUGAACAUUAGUGACAUCAUUAUACACAGGAGUCCUUAUAUGGGGUUUUACGUCUCUCAAUGUUAUGAAAGUGUUGUAAGAUUUGUAUGAAUAAAUUUUUGUAAACAACAAA